CACCACUGCAUCUUCUUGUCAACCUUGACAGUCAUGGGGGUGACCAGAAGCUACCUCGUAAGCUUGCUCAUCUACAUAUCCGUCGUGAACGAGGUGCGCCUGCCAACGGUGACGUGUCAGGACGAGGAGGGUAACCAGUGUCUCCCCCGAAAGACGUUCUUCACCCUUUUGCGGCUGCCAGAGAUCAGCUCGAACCUGGCCGCCUACUCGAGGACUUCAAGGAUCAUCCAGGAUGUGAGGAACCGGCACGACAUCGCGAGUUUGCGCGGUCUGAACCCCGAGGAUGCCGACGACACCGAGAUCUGUCUUCCGGCCGGGGUGUACCUGGAGCUCUUCAGCGAUCCGGCGAUCCGGGGCCACCUGAGUGCCCAGGGUAGGGCCCAGAAGCUGAUGGAGUCGGCCGAGGCCUCCAGACUCAGGGAGGACCCCGUCGAGGAGACCUGGAGGUACAGGGACGCGGCCGAGAAGCGCAGCAUCGCCAACCUGGCGAAGAACGGCGACCUACCGAUUUCCAUCCAGGAGAAGGCUAGUGGCCAGCAGGAGGAGGAAGAGGAAGAGGAGAACAAGAGAAGCUCCCAGAAAUUCGACACCUCGCCGAGGGCUCUCCUGGAGGAUGACAGACAUCCUUCCUACUUCCGCGCGUACAGUCUGCUGGACUCGGACCCCCAACUGGAGGACUUCCCCGGGGACUAUCUCCAGGGAAAACGAAACAUAGCCAGCCUGGCAAGGGACUCCAUGCUCCCAGCAGGGAAGAGGAACGUCGCCACCCUGGCCAGAGACUACAUGUUGCCCAGCGGGAAGCGCAACGUGGGGGCCCUAGCUAGGGACUACAUGUUGCCGAACGGUGGCAAGAGGAACGUGGCCUCCUUGGCCAGGAUCUACAUGCUACCGAGUGGAGGGAAGAGGAACAUCGCCGCCCUGGCUAGGGACUUUGCUCUUCCUCAGGGAAAGAGAUACCUAGGGGCUCUGGUCAGGUCCGGGGCUCUUCCCAUCCGUGGAUUCGAGGACGAGAAACGCACCCUGGCCUCCCUAGCCAGGAACGGGGACUUGGCUGGGUUCUACUCUAAAAGAAACGUGGGGACCCUAGCCAGGGACUGGAGCCUGCCCACUCAGAACCGGUACGGCAGGUCCUUGGCAGAGGAUGUCGCCGAUGAGCGGUACCAGGAUGGGCUAGGAUGGUCCAGCCUCAUGGGGAACGUGGAUAACCAGGACGGAGGGAAGGACCAACCCAGGGUCAGCGAUGACGGGUCCAAAGGCAUCUCCGAGAACAGGAACGGGUCCUCGAAGAAGAAUCUGGCCGAGAGGAGGUCCAAACGGGAGAUCGACUUCUCGGACGAGUAUCCUUUGCCGGUGAUGCAGAACACGAACGUCCUUGAUUACGAGGAGAUGAUCGAGGCCCUUACCGGGGAGUACCCCAUCACGGAGAAGAGAUUCAUGGGUCCUGAGCCGCGUCUGCAAGGUGGAUCCGGUACUUCGGGGUUCCUCCAGGUCGCCCAGGGCCAGCCCAUUAAAAGACACAUCGGGGCACUUGCUCGACUUGGAUGGCUGCCGUCUUUCCGAGCUACGCGGUUCUCGCGCUCGCCCAGAUAUUUGGUCGCCAGGGAGGAUUCCCCAGAUGGGCCCGCGUCCAACGACCCCGCCGACGCGUCGUCUUGGUCGUCGCUAAGGCCCAGGAUGGUCGCGAGAGUGCAAUAUCUACAGUCUCAACCAGGGGAUUGUCGUCGCGGCUUCAAGAAAUUCCUUCUAUCGCCAACCGUCGAUAACUUCAACCGCCAGAAGCUCCACCAUCCCACCCGAGUGAUGUAGAUAAGUCAGAACGCGGAGGAUAAUCCGGGCCGAUGGAUCCGAGGAGGGCCGGGAAAUAAUACGAGAGGCGGAAUUUCAACCUGGGAGGAAGCGAUUUCCUGUAAAUAUGGCGCGAAAAUAAGGGAGACACCAUUCGGAUCCGUUAGCCGAAGCGAGGCGUCCUGCUUGACCGACGCAAGGGGGCUCCCUACCUUGCCGGCGUCCAAUAUGGCGCGCUCGGUCGGCCUCCUCCCUUCCUUUGCAGUUUUUCCACCUCGCAUCGGAGAGUGACGACGUUUUUAUCGAGCAUGCCGCUAGAUUCAAUCCGGACGCGGGUUUCUAUCCUUUCCGGGCGGCUUAACGAGGAGCCGCGCAGGAGAAAUCGGGACGGCAAUUCUCGAGGUGGGCGUUUCUCGCGAGGAGGGACUGCGAGACACGGCGUGCCUCCUCGGGGACGUUUCCACGGGUCUUGGUUGCGAUUUCUCGGUGUAUUAAUAUAACUCCUCGCCGGCGUGGCGGUGGUAUAACGAUAACGAGAUUUGAAGGCUCCUUUUUAUUCCUGGCGAUAGCUAUGAUAUCCGCGC